AUGCCGAUAAACCCCAACGGAGAGGGUCGAAGACGGUCGGAGACGGUCGGAGACUCUUCUCACGAUGACUUUCUCGGCGGUCUUACUGGCGCUUGCCGCCGCGUUUUAGUCAACGGGGCUGGCAUUGCCUGCUCCGCAGUGAGAUCCUCUCCCUCCCUCCUAGUCAUCGUCGAAUGCCAGCAAAACCUGACAAUGUCGGUUCACAGAAUGGUCUACGGCGAGAACUCCGGACCCGUCGCCGGAGUAUCUCCAAUCCCAACCACAACCGGCCGAACCCGAACCGGCUCUCUCCGUGGCGGCACCAACUUGCUGGGAGCCAACUCACCCCAACCCGACCUCGACACAGCAAACCCGGCCAUCGUACCGAACCCACAGUCUGUCAAUGGACAGGAUGCUAAUGCUGAUUUGGGGCUGUAUCUCGAUUUUAACAGUGCUAACCCACCGCAGCCUAAUAGGGGAGGGAGAGGGGGUACUGAUCCGGGGCCGAAUAAGUAG